AUGACCAACACGUUGUGCAUCGUUGGCACGCUUUUAAUUGUUUGUUUUAUCGAGGUGAUCGUGUCUCAUGAAGUAUACGAUCGUUUUGAGCACAGCCUGCACGGAGGCCACAGCGGACAAAAUCACCAACAGCACCAUCAGUACAACAGCAACAACCGCAACUGUCGGAUGAACGGCUAUUGUGGCCGACAGGUUAAGUUUUACGCCAAAAAACAUCACUCCCGAAGAAACGGUGUUGGUGGUCACCAUUUUCGAUCGCACACGAUUGGAAUCAAACAUAAGCGUCACUACGGAAGCCAACACCAAAGGAACGCUUCCGCCACAGUCGCCACGAACCAGCCAGUUUGGUCCAACGGGCCAAUCGACGUCCAGCAGCGGUACCCGCCGGAGCACCAGUAUGCCCAACUCAUGAUCGAUGAUGAGCAGCAUCACGGCGGUGUGGGGACAACGUCCGCCAUGAAGCAGCCGAAACAUGGCAUUGCGGUAUGGCCUGUGAAACGGGAAGCCAUCAUGGAAGGCGAUCUAAUACUCGGAGGACUGAUGAUGGUGCACUCACGCGAAGAUUCCGUCACGUGUGGACCUAUCAUGCCACAAGGUGGCAUUCAGGCGCUGGAAACGAUGCUCUAUACGCUGGACAAAAUUAACGAGCAGGGUUUGCUGCCGAACGUUACGAUCGGGGCACACAUUCUCGAUGACUGCGACAAGGACACUUACGGUCUGGAGAUGGCGGUCGACUUUAUCAAAGGUUCCAUUAGCAAUAUCGAUGACAUCAAUGAUUACGACAACUGUAGCAAAAGUCAUAAGAAGAAAAUUAUAUCCGGUGUGGUUGGCGCUGCAUCGUCCGUCACCUCUAUACAGGUAGCCAAUUUGCUGCGAUUAUUUAAAAUACCUCAGGUUUCCUUUUUCUCGACUAGUCCAGAGCUGAGCAACAAGCAAAGAUUCGAAUAUUUUUCCCGUACCAUACCUUCCGAUCACUAUCAAGUUAAGGCCAUAGUAGAUAUUGUUCAGAAGUUGGGCUGGAGCUAUAUUUCCAUUAUUUAUGAAGAGAGUAAUUACGGUAUUAAGGCAUUUGAAGAACUGGAUGAUCUUCUAGCUAAACAUAGUAUCUGCAUAGCAGUAAAAGAAAAACUCGUUAAAGAUUCAGGUGUUGCUGAUACGAUAGCCUACGAUAAUAUAGUACUGAAGCUGUUAACCAAACCACGUGCUAAAGGUGUUAUUAUCUUUGGGUCUGACCAAGAGGUCGCGGAAGUGAUGCGAGCAAUUCGUCGUCAAAAUGUUACAGGGGUUUUUUCAUGGAUAGGUUCGGAUGGCUGGAGCGCACGAAAUCUGGUAUCGGACGGUAAUGAGGCGGAGGUAGAGGGAACACUGUCCGUUCAACCACAGGCAAAUCCUGUGAUUGGAUUUGAAGAAUACUUUCUCAACCUUACCGCAGCCAACAAUAAGCGUAACCCAUGGUUCGUAGAAUUUUGGGAGCACAAUUUCCAGUGUAAAUACCCUCACUCUCCUUACACUCCGUACAAUAAAAAUUACAAGACCUUCUGCUCUACGACGGAAAGGAUUUCCAAAGGAAAUCUCGAUUUCGAGGAUCAGUUACAGUUCGUUAGCGACGCAGUCAUGGCAUUUGGCUACGCUUUCAAAAAUAUGCACAACGAGCUAUGCGGUGGUAAACCUGGACUUUGCGAUUCCAUGAAUCCAACCAAGGGGCUGGAGCUGUUGAAGUACUUGCGGAAGGCAGAUUUUAUCGGGCUCAGUGGAGAUCGGUUCAAUUUCGACGGAAACGGUGAUGGUCCUGCGCGGUACAAUAUUAUCCACUUCAAGCAAGUUGCUCCGGAACGGUACAAGUGGAUAAAAGUUGGCGAAUAUUACCAGGGUGAAUUGCGCUUAAAUAUGCAGGAUAUACAAUUUAGAACUAAGGAUACACUACCGCCGGAAUCAGUGUGCAGCAGGCCCUGCGAACGAGGACAGGCCAAGAAGUACGUGGAAGGCGAAGGCUGCUGUUGGCACUGCUUUAACUGUACGCAGUAUCAGAUUCGAAGUCCGAACGACGAAACGCACUGUGUUAAUUGCCCUAGAGGAACGUUACCGGAUAUCUACCACGAAGAGUGUCAACAAAUACCGGAAUCGUAUCUCCGGCCGGAAUCGAUCUACGCCAUUGGUGCCAUGACGUUCAGUUCCUUCGGAAUACUGAUAACAUUCUUUGUGAUUGGUGUUUUUUUUAAGCACAACGACACACCAAUCGUCAGAGCGUCGGGGCGAGAGCUGAGCUACGUGCUGCUCAGUGGCAUCCUACUCUGCUACGGAGUAACUUUUACGCUCGUGAUAAAGCCGAACGAUAUUGCCUGUGGAGUGCAAAGAUUUUGGUCAGGAUUUUCCUUCACGGUGGUCUAUGGGUCGCUACUUACGAAAACCAACCGUAUCGCACGCAUCUUUAAUGCAAGCACUAAGUCAGCGAAACGCCCUUCCUUUAUCAGUCCACACUCCCAGCUGGUUAUCUGCGGUAUACUGGUUUCUUUUCAGAUCCUCAUCAAUGCUGUGUGGAUGAUAGUAUCGCCCGCACAUGCGAUGCAUUACUAUCCAACCAGAGAGGACAACCUGCUGGUUUGCAAUUCCUACACAGACGCGUCGUACAUGAUAGCGUUCUUUUACCCAAUCUUUCUAAUCGUAAUUUGCACAGUAUACGCUGUACUGACGCGAAAAACUCCGGAAGCAUUCAACGAGUCCAAGUAUAUCGGUUUCACGAUGUACACAACUUGCGUUAUUUGGUUAGCAUUUAUUCCACUAUACUUCGGUACGUCGAACAACGUUCAGCUGAGAAUAUUUUCCAUGUCCGUUACUAUAAGUUUGUCAGCCACGGUAACGCUUGUGUGCUUGUUUUCGCCAAAGUUGUACAUUAUCUUGAUUCGUCCAGAACGAAACGUACGACAAAGUAUGAUGCCCAUUCGGUACAGCACAAUAAACAAAACGACCGGAUCGGCGCAAUCGUCGGUUAUGGCGGCGGUGAUAGUAACGGCGGCCACGUGUAACGAAAACGAGAAGAUCAAGAGUGUCUCGAACGAAAAUAUUCCAGCGUCCUACUGAUGCAAGCCUGUGGGGGCACCGAGACAGAAAGCAAAACGUAAGGCUUGCCUUACGUCUUGCUAA